AAGGACUGCUGGAAGCGCAGCCGUUGCAUGAGGCAGAUGAAGACACUGUUACUGAUAUUGACUUCACCACCAUGAUUUCUGAAGAAGAGAAAGAAGAGUUAAAGAUUGAGCUAGUCAAGUGUAUAAUGUCCACAUCCAUAGCAUUAUGCAAAGAGUCAGUGCUUUAUAUGAGGAUUUGAAGAUUUAGUUAUCUAACUGAACAGAUGGAAAGUAAUUUUAAUCAAAAGACUUUGAAUAGUCACAUCCAGCUAGAGGAUGAAAUUUCAACCUUACGACAAGUGUUAGCAGCCAAAGAGAAGCACCUGGUGGAAAUCAAGCAAAAGCUUGGUGUCAGCUUGAUGAAUGAGCUGAAACAGAACUUCAGCAAAAGCUGGCAUGAUGUACAGACCACUUCUGCGUAUAAGAAGACACAUGAGACUUUGAGCCAUGCAGGACAAAAGGCAACAGCUGCUAUCAGCAAUGUAGGAACAGUCAUCAGCAAGAAAUUUGGAGAUAUGAGUUACUCUAUUCGCCAUUCUAUAAGCAUGCCUGCUAUGAGGAAUUCUCCAACUUUCAAAUCUUUUGAGGAAAAGGUUGAGACCACUGUUACAAGCCUUAAGACUAAGGUUGGUGGAACAAACCCAAACGGGGGAAGUUUUGAAGAAGUUCUCAGUUCUACAGCCCACGCCAGUGCUCAGAGCUCUAUUUCAGAUACACGACUUCCUGAGAACGAAGAGGAGCUGCAGUGUUAGGCUGUUGCCUCUCCUGCUUACCUUCAUCCUCUGCACUGAGACUUGCCCAUCAACCAUUUUAUAUACUGCCUUCCCAUACUAAGCUUGAUACAAGUCUCCAUAAUACCUUGCAAAAGGCCUUGCUGAUGUUGUAGUGUAGGAAUUCUUCUGUACAUAUUUGUACUUUUAAUAGGCUAUUUCCUCAUUAAGCAGUUUGUAUUCUAUAGAAAUUGCACACAAAUUACUAGUUUUUAAUGGUCCAUUUUCUAUAAUGCGAGUGACCAAACAGCUCUUGCUUUCUGGAACUCCCCCCUCCAAAAUCUCCUGAAACCUCUGGAAUUUUAUAUGGAGGAUUCUGUUGGAUAUGUAACCCCAUUUUCAGUGCCACAUCAGACAGAUGGAUCCAGAGCUGUGCAGGGGUUUCUGCAGACAGUAAUCGGCUUUAUGCAAGCUGUCCACCAAAUGAGGCCAGGUGCCCUUUGCUGAGGAAUAUGUGUGCACGGUCCAAGCUACUGCAGGAGUUAAAUAGAAUAAUUUAUUUUUACAGAAAAAAGUCUCUUCCUUAUUCACUGCCUUAAUCUGGUGUUGAACUUCACUUCAUCAUGAGAGGUGAGGGGCAGUGAAAUGCACAGUUAUUUAGAUGAAGACUAAGUUGAUACAGCUGUUCUACCAUAGCAAGAAGAGUUGCCAUCUAAAAGCAUGCUCUAUUACUUUUUGUGUGGUUGGUAAGACUUGAUGGUGAAACUUCUCUUUCAUUCGGAAAUAAGGGAAAGCUUAUUUUUGACUGAACUGAACAAGCUGCACCAGAAUUAGAGCCUUAAGAGAGACUACGCAUGCAGUAACUAACUCAGUAUGUGCCAUAGGUUAGAUAGAGGGCCUAUGUCUUCAGCCUACAAAGCUGGUAACUAGUAUGAAAUCUGAAUUUUGCAGUACACAGAUGAGUAUGUGAGUUGAAGUGAAACAAUGACCCAUAUUCUUUCCUGCAUUAGUGAAUCUCAGGACAGAUUUUAAGCAAUUAGAAACAACAUUGAGCCAAUCACCAGAGAUGCCACAAUUCCUUAUAUCCUUUUUAUUGUACUAUAAUGUUUAGGGGAGAAGCUCUGCAUUCAUUGUAAUGAUCUGUCAGCUCUCCAAUUUAGGCAAAAGAAGUUCCACUAUUCAAUCUGCAGUAUCACUGCACCUUGUAUUACCCAGUUUACCAAAUUGAGAUGAACACAGGCUCAUCAAGAAAGAAACUG